AUGCAAACUCCAACAAUUUUUCAGGUACAACAUGUUCACGGAACAGUGCCUCAACAAGUCUUUGUCAAACCAUUGGAUAUAAUUUUUCUCAAUAACAACAACUUUCUUCUCACACUUCCCAACAAUAUAGGCGAAACAACAGCAUCUUAUAUCACAUUAGCUAACAACAAAUUCUCCGGUCCAAUUCCUCCUAGUAUAGGAAAAGCAUCAUCCACUUUAACCGAAGUUUUGUUAUUAAACAACCAAUUAACAGGCUGUCUUCCUUACGAAAUAGGUUUCCUCCAAAACGUGGAACUUUUCGACGCGGGUAGUAACCUUUUAACAGGUCCAUUACCUUGGUCAUUUGCGUGUUUGAAGAAGGUGGAAGAGUUGAAAUUUGAUAGGAACAUGUUGUAUGGUCAGGUUCCAGAAGUGAUUUGCGCCUUGGAGAGUUUGUCGAAUUUAACAUUGUCUUAUAACUAUUUUAACAGAUUGGGACCAUUGUGCAGAAGGCUUGUAAAAAUUGGUGUGCUUGAUGUGAAGAAUAACUGUAUUUUCGAUCUUCCUGAUCAAAAACCAAUGGAGGAGUGUGUGAAGUUUUCUUCACUUCCGAGAACAUGUCCGCGUCCUGGAACGUUUAAUCUUAUACCGUGUGAGAGUCCAACACGGGCAAAACCCCCCGGAAAUAAGAGGAAAUUGUUGUCAUAUUCUGCUCUUGAGAGAAAGAGAAUAGUUCUGAGUUAA